AUGGCGAGAAAGUCGUUCUCGAGUGGUUCCUGGCAGGAUGGGGUCUCAUCCACUAGGUCUUCCUUAUCUUCAACUUCAAGCGAUCCGACCGAUAACUUUCCCAUCACCACCACCAUUGAUAAACACGCAGAUCAAGUUCCUUGGAUCAUCAGCCAUGUAUUAGAGUGCCAUCUAUCCUCUGAACUUCCUUUGAAAAUAAUGUUUUCCUUUAAUGCGGGGCAUCGGGUGCCAAAAUUAAAGGAAGCGCACAAGUGGUGGCAGUACGAACCAAAAGGAACAGCUAUUAUACACUUCUUGAUCUCAUUGGAAAAAUCAAAGCCAGGGAAUAAGGAAGACCCAACCAGCAAACCUGGAAACGUUAAGCAGGAUAAAAUCAGUGAAGCUGAAGAUACUCAAGAGGACAAAUCCAGCGAGCCCCAAGAUGCUAAGGAUGAAAACAUUAAAUCAACAAUUCGAAACCAUGCUGCUUAUGAUCCCUUUAUGGAUGCUUCAAAUGAAACUCUUCUUGAUAUCAACUUUGAAUCGGAGUUUCCAGGGGGCAGACGGGCAAGUAGAGGACUGCCACCUGAUUUCAUCAGAAAGUGGUGCUUGGAUAAAGUAUUUACAAAGGAUCAAGAUCAGGUGGAUUUUGAUCAGGCUCUCACUGGCAUUGACUAUCUCCAAGAUCUUGAAUGUCGAAGACGAGAGGCUCUUAGGGAAGUUGCUUUGCGUUUGAAGAUUAACAAGCACAAUUGGAGAAGAGUUCUGAGUGCUGACCCUGAUGCUAAAAGUUGGGUGGAAGAUAUUCAAGCUCAAGAGACAAUCAUCGAAGGCUUCUAUGCCACUUGCUUCGUUGAUCUACGAAUCUGGACAAUGCUCCAUGAACUUAAAGCUCAUCCCUUUUACAAGCCGAAUGCUCUCGCCAUGCUUAAUACCUUAUAUCCACCAUGCAUUCGAGAUCUUCCGAAUGAUCGCAUUGAUCGCGACAAAUUACGAAAGCAUCGAGCCAAGUUCUAUAAUCUCAUCAUCCAGGUGACGUGCGAAGGUAUCGAAGCUUUGAGAGAGUUUGAAGCACUUUUAAAGAACCCUGCAUGCAAGCAUAAUUGGGUUGAUACUCGAGAGAACUUGAGAGAUUACAUUGAGCUAGCCAGUAAGAUGAUCGAGCAAUCUAACGCUAUACACGACAUUAUGUUCUUCAAGAGAAGCGCUGCAAUAGCAUACAGUAUACGGUCUGCACGCUCAAGAAGCACAACCGCAUCCUCAUCUAAAUCAGCUCGCACUGAACGCCAAAGCGAUCAAAAAGAAAAACCAGUCACAGUAAAGAAUACUGUUUUCGAUUCAGAAAAGCCAGCCCCCCAGCAUCAUUCACAGAGCACAACGGAGAACAGGAACAGCAAAGAAGAUACAUCAUACCCAGCCACCUCAAACUCAACAAAUGAGCCUCAAAAAUCUGAUAGAGCUGAGGCAAAAGUACACAGCCGAAAACGGUUGGCAUCUCCAAAACGUCAACACGAAUACCGUGAAGAAUAUCACACCAUACCAAUGAAUGCACCAAGAACGCCCCGUUCAGUAGUGACAACCCCUAAAAUUCCGGACGCGCAAAGUUUCUCAAGCUCAAGGUCAUCAAAUGGAGAUGGGAAAGAAUCGGUGCGCAACCAGCAACGCAUACUUCGAUUAAACACACCGUUCAUAGAACAAUUCUCCGAAGCGGCACAUCAUAACAGUUUCCAAUCUUGGGUCCCAUUGAAAGAUGAACAAAAUAUGUCGCCGUUCCGUCUGACAGCAUUUCCUGAUCCGUGGUCAAGAGGUCCUCCUAAACCAAAGUAUCAGCUUCGUCCACAAAAGGUAUCUGAAGAUGAAAAACUUCUGCGAGUCUUGUGCCGGCCAGAAGCUCCAAUGGAAAGAAGAGCAUCAUUUCCAAAUGGAGUUUCAAGUUCAUCCUCACGAGCAAGGACUUCGAGUGUUGCUUCCACCAAAGUAAAAUCUCGCAGAAUGUACAAAGACAGCGGUGCGACUUCAUUUGAAACUUUGCGGGCUGGCUCUUCAACACACAUUUCACAACACGGCUCUUCGACUGGGUUCGAUCCGAUGAAGCAAGUUGAGCAUGCCUUGAAAAGUAAUUCAAAUGCAAUCAAAGCUUAUCAAGCCUUGGAUUUACGAGAGCUGCCCGGGUAUCCUUCAGCUCCGAAACCUAUCAUUCCAGAAAACACCCAAAGACCUCUACUCCAUACACAGAAAUCGUGCGGCACUUCCGGUAGCAUUAGGAGCCGGGCCUUGAGUGGCGCAUCUUCAAUGGCUGUUUCUUCACUAACCUCGCAGCAGGUUACCCCAGUCAUAGGCGCUUCUCGAAACCUUCAACUGCGUAAAACACCAUUGUGCGAUUUUACUACAGAUCUGGAGUUAGAGUCACACCAUGCCAACCGCGACCAUACGUUUCCCUUACCUCAAACUGCUGCAGCGAUCACGAAGCCCAGAAUUAAGCUUCGUAAAACGCCGCUACAUGAUGCUGCCAAUGCGGAGAUGCAAGCCCCAAGUCCACUCCCAUCAAUCUCAAAGUCGCCUUUAUCAAUGAGACAAGAAAGUCCUAUCACACCAACCCCUGGAACUCAACUUCAUAGAACUGCUUUGCAUAGUUCUUCCGUUGAAGUCCAAACACAAAAGACAUCUCUGUCCGGCUCAAAAUCACCUAUACCCUCACCAUUGUAUUCUGAUUCAUCAUCCCCGCGUAUGGAAACUCGACAAAAAUCAAAGAAACUCAUGAAGUCGAGGCCUUAUAAUGAUCUUCAAUGCGAAGUAAUGGCAGACCAUACGACCAAGAACAUGACUUUCGUUAUGGGGGAAAAUCUGAUAGAUGCAGUUGUUGGAGACACCAAUCUACCAAAAAUGUCUCCAAGUGCCAAUCUUUCAUUCUUGGCUAGUCCAUAUGAGCCUUCUGCAGUGUUUCAACCCAGAUUGAGGAAGAAGAGUAGUAUGGCAACCAUAAUUUGUAGGAAGUCUAUUGAGAGUUUAAAGUCGGUCAGAUUUGAAGACACCGAAAAUUGCCCUGAAAACACAACUCCGAAAACUCCUAGAAAAUCAUCUGAACGUUUAAAGACCCCGAGGAAAUCAUCUGAAAGUUCUAAAUCUACUGAUAUCAAGAGCGGUGAUAAUGCACUUGGUAUUUCGAUGCCGAAUGCGCAUUCAACUACUGCCUUUUCUCAUUUACCCCCUAUUGAUUCAAUAGAUCCUUGCGUGGAUUUUCCACCACCGUCAUUGCCUAAGCAGAUAUUGAAAAAGCAGAAGAGUCUGGGUUUAUUUCCUCGUAGAGGAGGCGAACCAUCAAAUUAUGCCGUGGAUUUUCCAGAGCGAGCAGCACUGAAGAAGCAAAAGAGUUUGGGUCUAUUUCCUCGCAGAGAUUGCGGAAAAGAGAAAGAUAAAUCUAUGCAAUCGGCUCCGGCAUCUAAGUCUCAAGAUAUGGGAGGCAUAUUCGAUGGUUCACAGCAAAACUGCACGGCAUAUUCGGCCCAUACAGCCAUUGCUUGCAGAGAGCCAUACAGAUUUCCCGUCCCGCCUAAUAGACUUCCUAUUAAUCAGGAUGACGACUCUCAAUCAUUCCACUCUCCUGCUGAAGCAGUCAAAACCCCAACUAUAAAUGACUCUUCCAUAGAAUCGAAACCGGUGGUCCGAAUCAACACAGCUAGAAAGUCUUCCGCAAUAUCAAACCCAAGUCCUAUCUCUCCCGCAAACAAAGUAUACGGAUUCAUUCCUCCACCCCUCAAAAAGCAAAUGAGUUUUGGCGGCUGGGAAACUGAUCUUGAUAUUGCGUUGGAACAUGAACAUCAUCUCAAGCUCAAAUAUGCAAAGGCACAAGUCGCAUCUCAACAAAUUGCGAAACAAAGAGUUUCUCCUAUUGAUACGAUUUUGUCUAAUGAUUCUAAUGAGUCAAAUCCCCUGCAACUCAAAAAAACAUCAAAGCUUUCAAAGACGACAUCGUUUGCGGAUGAUGAGGAACAGAUUUUACAACACCCGACGACACCGAGCUCUGGGAAGUUGGGCAAGCUUUUCAUGAAUGCGGGAGCGAAUAUCAGUGCGAUAUUUGUUGGAAAGAGUGCCACGACUCCUAAUUUGCACGAUCUGCAGGGUCAAUCGCCUAAGGUACCUGUUUCUAUACUUUCUAAGAAAGAGGGAAAGGAUAAAUCUGUAUCUGGUAAGGAUGGGACAAUUGAAAAGCAACAUAGAACUGGUACUUUAGCCACCCUAUUCAACAGUAUUAAUCCCUCCCGCAUCUUUAGCAAACGCUCUCACCACAACAGACCUUCUCUAUCUCAUAAACAUAAAUUAGUCAGCUAUCGUCGUCGCGAACAACUUCUUCGAAAGCACUUUAGACUUAAAGCGCACACACUGCAACGAUACAAAAAGCAAAUGGUACUAGAAGAUAGUCAGGGGAUACUUUAUGCGGAGGGAAUCAAAUGGUUAGAUAGAUAUAAACCAUUUGUUCGAGAAAGUCCAGAAGUUUAUAGGAGGAAAGAAUGGAUGAGGUCUUGGUUACUGGAAGGCGCGAGGACGGAGAAAGAGGGAUUGGGGAAGGUGUCUGGAGCUCCAUUCUUGAGGGAUGCUAGUGUGAGGGUGGGAGUUAAGAAGGGCGGGAGAGAUACGAGAAGAAGAGUGUUUGAGGGGUUUGUGGCGAGGGAUGUGAGAGGUGUGAGGGGGAGAAGGGAUCAGGAGAGCGGGGUAGAGAGGAUAUUGGAGAAGAUCGAUUGGAGGAAGGAAGGGUGGUUUGAGGAACCGAGGGCCAGGAGAGUGAGGAAUGGGAAGAAGGGUGAGAAUGGGCAGGUGGCGAAGAUGGGUGAGAGGAAAAAGCAUGUUAUGAUUAGUACGGAAAAAUAUGAUCGGUAUUGA